AUGGGGGGUUUGUUCACGAAGAUAUUUGGACGAGGGUCCAAUAUAUAUAUGCAUCUUGAUGCAACUAGUGAUUUUCUAUUAUUAUUCUUGAUGUUUGUUUCGACGUUAUUAUAUGGGUUGGUACCUCCGGUGACAGCAGUUUUGACAGGUAGGAUUUUUCAGCUGUUAGAGGAUUAUGCGAUUGGGACGUUUACAUCUAAAAAUGCCUUUAUGCGCGAGUUGGAGUUGAGGUCAAUGACUCUGUUGAUUGUGGGAUUUGGUGGUUUACCGUUGUGUUGGGCAACUCUCAGUUCGUGGAUGUUGCUAGGAGAGCGUCAGGGUUUCCGUGUGAGACGCAGGUUGCUGGGUGCGUAUCUUAGUAAGACGAUGGCAUGGUAUGACACUAAUGAGAACCUGGAGGGUGAUUUUACCCAAAUCCAUAGAGGGGUGGAGGAGUUAAGAUCUAGUGCGGCUGAAUCGUCGGCGGUCACGUUUCUGAAUGCAGUUACAGUUGUCACGUUACUUACAACGUCGCUUUACUUCUCUUGGUCACUCACCCUUGUCAUUCUGGCCAGUACUCCAUUGAUCAUAGCACUUGCAAUAAUCUUUUCCAAGCUUGUGGAGAAGUAUACGGAGUUGGAGAACACGGAGACAUCCCAUGCGGCGUCUAUUUUGACUUGGUCGAUGGAAGCUCCUCAGUUGAUCCGGUUGUUUGGUACUGAGCAGGUUGAGCUGCAGAAGUUUUCCAUUAGUGUCAAGAAAUGUAGUAAGUUUUUUAUUAAUUUGUCAAAGUAUGCUGCUGCAAACCAAGCUAGUUUACGGGGAUUGUCCCUGAUAAUGUUCGUGCAAGGCUUCUGGUUUGGUAACACAAUGAUCAAAAGAGGUAAGCUAAACUCAGGCCAGGUUAUCACAUGUUUUUCCGCAUGCAUUCUACUGGGUACUACUUUGAAUAAUACUUUACAGCAUAUUGUCAUCAUGCAAAAAGGAAAAGUUGCACUUCAGAAGAUCCUAAGCAUGGUUGAGUCGGAGUCUGAUGCUCUGCGCGGGAGAAGAGGAGAAACAUUUGAGAUUUUUCCUUCUCCGAUAUCAGGCAUGUUCGUGUCACCAGUUUUUCCGAAACAGAUAACCUUCGAAAACGUGAGCUUCAGUUACCCAUCUAGACCGAAUGAAUAUGCACUUGAUAAUGUUAGCUUGACCUUUUAUCCUGAAAAAAUUACCUUUAUCGUUGGUAAGUCUGGGUCUGGGAAGUCUACUCUCAGUAAUCUAUUGUUGAAGUUAUAUUCUGAUUAUGAGGGAACCAUUAAAGUUGGUACUUUAGAUAUCAGAGCUACGAAGGAUUCGUGGCUGUUGGAAAAUAUUACGUUAGUAGAACAAUCCUGCACAUUAUUUAAUGAUAGCUUGCUGAAUAAUCUGUUGCUUACAGCUAAAGAUGAUAAUAAAAAUGAAGCUUCUAUUAAGAGGGCAUGCCAGAUGGCUUUAUUAGAGAAACUCCUUUUCGAUCUUCCAGAUGGCUUAAGCACUGUAAUAGGCAGCAACGGAAUUUCUUUGAGCGGGGGUCAGCAACAAAGGGUGGCAUUGGCCCGUGCCAUUUUACGGGACACACCUGUGUUGAUUUUGGAUGAAUCUAUUUCGGCCUUGGACAUUAUUCAUCGAGAUUUGUUGAUGGAAGUGAUAAGGAAUUGGAGAGCCGGCAAAACAACAAUAAUUCUAACUCACGAACUCUCACACAUUCUGGAUGAUGACUAUCUUUACCUGAUGGAAGAUGGCAAAGUGGGUGAACACGGUUAUAAACGUGACUUAUUGUCUUAUACUUCCGGCCGGUUUACUGAAUUACAUAACGCAGUUAUCCCAUCUGAUCCGUCGGCGAUUGAAGCCAGUCAUGAAAAAGCCAUUAGAUUGAACACUGAAGAGACGACUGGAAGUGGUAUUGUAAGUGAAGAAAGUGAAGAAGAAGACAAUACAGUUGUAAGCUAUGACACGAGGCGUUUUUCUCUGGCUAUAGCCGGGAAUGAGAGUAUGAUGGUUGGAAGCAGAAUAUUCUCACUGAGGUUGAGUAGUUAUUUCCAGGGUGCUAUCAUGCCUGAUGAGCAUGUUUAUUCUUCUACUAUGAAAGGAAGAAAUAAACGAUUAGUGAAUACCCGUGAGGUAACCGAUGAAGGUAGAGUGGACUUGGAAAAGAAACUAGAAGAAAGAAGUAAACCAGUCAUAAUGACCAUAUGGACCAUAAUUUGCAAGAUGUAUGCUACUGUUAACAGGCUCUACAUGCUCUGGGGUUUAACCUUCUCUGCACUAGCUGGUAUCAUUAACCCAGUAUUUUCGUAUACGUUCUCUAAGUUAUUAAGUGGUGUCGUUCCCAAAAAUGAUGGCACUGGGUCCCCACCUUACUUGAUGAAGUGGUCGCUUGUUGUUAUUUGUGUCUCUGUUACAGAUGGUUGUUUCACAUUUUUAAAGAAGUUUAUCCUCAGUGUAUGUAGUGAGUUAUGGAUCAUGUCUUUGCGUAUUAAGGCAAUGGAUCGUAUAUCUAAUCAAGAUGUCCAUUGGUUUAGUCUAGACAUCAACAAGCCAUCAGAAAUUAGCGCGUUGAUUUUAAAUGACUUGAGGGAUUUAAGAUACCUGGUUUCCGGGUUUUUAAGCGCUGUAACAACAUUGAUUUUUGUCUCAGCUAUUGGUUUAGCAUGGGCGUUUGUUUCAGGCUGGAAGCUAUCUCUAGUUUGUAUAUCUACUAUUCCGUUGUUUAUUGGAGUAACAGGGAUAUAUGGUGGUGUACUACAGAAGUAUGAGACAGAUUACAAGACUGCGGUUGCUGAAUUGGAAAACAAUAUGUUUGAAUUUGUUAAAGGUAUCAAAACAGUAAGAUGUUUGCAAUUAGAAUCUCAUUUCUCGAACAAAUAUACAAUGUUAGAGGAGGGUAUGAAGCAUCAGUCCAGAAGGAGAGCUGUUGUUACUGGAUUUGGUGUGGCUUUAUCAAAUGCCUUAGUUAUAGGAGUACAGGCAAUACUUUAUUAUUAUGGUAUUAAGUUGGUUGUAGAUGGAGAAUAUACUCCAGAUAACUUGUUGCAGACUUUUACAUUACUGGUCUUCACUAUAAUGACAUGCUCCGCCCUAAUGUAUGAAGUUCCCAGUUUCAGUCGUGGUCGGAGGGCGGCAACCUACGUAUUUAGAAUCCUCAACACAAGGUCUGACUUCCUCAGUAUUGAUGAUGACUUCAGAACAGAACCAAUUGAAAAGCCAUCCCAUAUGAACCCACUAAUACGUAUACAAGAUCUAACCUUUGCAUAUCCCUCUGCUUUAGAUGUCGAAGUUUACAAGAAGCUGAGUCUCACUAUCAAUUUUGGUGAAAAUCUUGCAAUAGUUGGAGAAUCUGGAUCAGGCAAGUCUACUAUGGGGUUAAUCUUAUGUGGUUUGUAUCCGGUUAAUGGAAAUACAGUGUUUAUAGACGAUACUGACAUAUGCAAGUGGAAUUUGUCCUCCUUAAGAAAACACAUCUCAAUGGUGGAACAGAAAGCAAAAUUCUUUGAUGGUUCUAUCAGAGAUAACUUGAUUUAUGGUCUAGAUCGGAUUGUGACGGACUCACAAAUCUUCGAGGUGCUUUCUCUUGUGGGUAUUGCUGAUUUCGUUAAAGAAUUACCACAAGGUCUUAACACAAGAAUCGAUACGAACUUGAUAUCUGGUGGUCAAGCUCAAAGGAUAUCAAUUGGAAGGGCUCUACUACGUCAGCCGAAACUUUUAAUCCUUGACGAGUGUACGUCCUCUUUGGAUGCUAAAAAUGCACAAGCUAUAGCAAGUUUGGUUGGAAGCUCACUUUAUGGUAUCACCACUAUUGUUAUUACCCAUAAUACCCAGAUGAUGAAAUCAUGCAACAGGAUACUCUUCUUCAAAAAUGGUAGAAUCUCAGAAGAAGGUACCUUCCAAGAAUUAUCCGACUCACGCCGUGAUUUCUAUAGAAUGAUCACCAGCGGAGAGGCCUAA